AUGAGGUUCGAUGACGUCAUUUCUGAGUUGGGAGAGUUCGGGAGAUACCAGAAGCGCCUCUACUUCCUUCUGUGUAUCGUGGCGGUUCCAGACGCUAUGAACACACUGGGGCCUAUCUUCACACUUUUGGUACCAGACCACAGGUGUGCUGUUCCCGGACUGGACAACGACACGUACCAAAGCCAAGGCUCCUGGCAUGACGACCUCGUCAACCGCAGCAUCCCGUGGUCCGACAGUGACGAGGCCUAUUCCAAGUGUCGACUCUACAAAACUGAUGACCACUUGACCAACGAAACCAGGAAAUGUGACCGCUGGGUGUACGAGAAAGAUCCAUUCCGGGAAACUUUCGUCACUGAUGAAGACCUGGUGUGCGACAGGUUCUCUCUGAGGACGUACUCCAACAUGAUACAGAUGUCGGGAGUUUUGGUCGGUGCUCUGGUCCUGGCGCCGCUCUCAGACAUAAACAGGUUGUACGCCCUAAAAGGUAUGGAACUGGUUGGUCCUUCCAAACGCAAGUAUGCAGGUAUCGUCAUCGAGAUAUUUUGGUGUAUCGGCAUUUUUCUGCACACUGGUCUGGCAUUCGGAAUAAGAGAAUGGCGAUAUCUUCAGGUGGCCAUCUCUGCGGGUUCUGUGCUGCUGUUCAGCUACUGGUGGCUUGUCCCCGAAUCCCCCCGCUGGCUCAUCAACAAAGGGCGUUUGGAGGAAGCUUCAGAUGUGAUCAAAAAAGCUGCAAAGGUUAACAAAGUCACACUAUCAGAAAAGGUGUCCAGUCUACAAGAAAUCGAAUUGGACGGCCAAGGGGAGAAAAUUUGGCACAUGUUCACAACGCCAACUCUGAUAAUUCGAUCUGGAAUUAUUUUUUUUAACUGGUUAGUCGCCAGCAUGACGUACUAUGGACUUAGUCUCAACGUGGGGUCUCUGUCUGGCGACAUUUUCGUAAACAAUGCACUCUCUGCCACAGUGGAAUUGUCGUCUUACAUAUUUUGUAUCCUCGCUUUGGAUGUGGUUGGCCGUAAGCGUUUACAGAUUUUCUCUAACCUGCUGGGAGGUGUCGCUUGUGUAUGCACCAUGUUCCCCGUCAUCUUUGGAGGACCAAAGUGGAUCAACGUGGUUUUGGCCUUGGUAGGAAGGUUUGGGGCGUCAGCGGCAUUCGCCGUAAUCUACAUCUACUCCGCGGAGCUGUUCCCAACUGUCAUGCGUAACUCUGGCAUGGGGGUCAGUUCAGUCUGCGCCAGGAUAGGUGGGAUUUUGGCGCCCUUUGUCGGAGACCUGGGAUCAGUUCUGGAGGGGGAUAUCGCAGUGGCUCUGCCCUUGAUCGUCUUCGGAGGUCUAUGCGUGACUGCUGGCCUGUUGGAUUUGUUACUGCCAGAAACACUGAACAGGAAGCUCCCAGACACCGUCGAGGACGCCAAGAAUUUCGGCAGGUCAGUGGAGUUGAAAAUAAGUAAACACUUCAGCAGCGUACGGCUCCAAUAUUCUCUGAAUAGAAAAUCUUCAAAGAACGUGUAUGAGCUCGAACAGAUUGGAGCUUCAGGGAAAAAGGAAAAAAUGAGUAAUGGCCAUAUAAACCCUACGUUCACUGACAUAGAUCUUAAUGAGUGA